AUGGAGUCCAUCAUUGACCAGUACCUAACACCAUGGACACCAACCUUCAGUCCCACAACCACAUCCAUAAGUAGUAUCAACCCAACAAAUACUGUUGGUCUACAAUUGACUUUUUGGGAACUUCAAGAAGAAAUAAAAACUCAAACAAAUACAAUAUCACUCUAUUUUUUGUCACGACAUGCUCGUGCUGCUGCCGCUUCUUAUACACUACUAAGCAAUCAACUACUAUUAGCACUGGCUACCGCUGCUACUGCUGUUACCGCUGCUAAAACUGCAGUCAUUGAAGCAGAAGCACCCACAACAACUGCUAGUAUCGAUUUGGCACAAAUAACACAAGAGAUGCUAAAUGCAACCCUAUGCUUAAAAGACUUGGAAUGGAAGGCAAACCUUUAUGCUAUACAUUUAUCAGUUCCCUUUAACGCAUUGUUUGCCGUGUUGUUCCUCUUCAUCUUAUUAUUCAAUAUUAAUGUGGGAUUGGUCUGGGGCAAGACAAAGUACUUUUCAAUCUGCUUGAUUUUGGGAAGUUUAUUGGAAGUUAUUGGCUACUCUGCUAGAACUGCUGCUCAUUACAAUUGGUCAGAUCCAAACUUAUUCUUAUGCCAAAUCAUUACCUUGACUAUAGCACCGGCAUUUAUCAUGGCUGGUGUUUAUUAUCUAUUAUCUCAAUUGGUAGUUAUCCACGGGCCGCAAUUCUCAAUUUUAAGACCCCGACAUAUAUCGUACAUAUUCAUCUUUUGCGACGUCAUGAGUUUGUUGAUCCAGGCCGCAGGCGGCGGGACAGCUGCCAUGGCUUUAAGGUUGUUUGAAGACACCAAGCUGGGUACCCAUAUCAUGGUUGGUGGAAUCGCCUUCCAAGUGCUAUCAAUGACAAUAUUUUUGUGGUUCUUAUUUGACUUCAUAUACCGAAUAAACUUCAAAUUCGGCACCAUGAGGUUCUCGAUUCCUAAUUUUUGGCACAUAUUUUUCAACACAAGUCACGGUAAGAGAUUACGUGAGACACAUAAUUUGGAAAGUUUGUAUGAACCUCAACAUCUGGACAUCCGCGCAAGAACGUUCUUCAAUUACAUGCCGUUGGCAAUAGUAUUGGCCUCGGCCUUUGUCUAUACCCGAUGUAUAUAUCGAGUCAUUGAGUUGUCUGAAGGCUGGCGAGGAUACUUGAUCACGCAUGAGCCCUUUAUACUAGCAUUGGAUGCAUUAAUGAUCUUUCUCGGUUGUCUUGUUUUCACUUUCCUUCAUCCAUCAAUCGUGUUUGGCAGAAAUGCUGCAAAAACACUUUCCAUUGGCAAAUGCUAUAUCAAACAUAAUAAUUGCAACGACUAUUAUUACAAAAAUAGAAACAGCAGCAGCAGUAGCAACAGCAGUAACAACGAUGAAAUUGAAAAUAACAGCUACAACAUUGAUAAAAUGAAAGUCUUUGAACAGUGUACUGGGGAUAAUGCAACUUUAGAUAACGAAAAGCAGCAACAAGGCAACACUUAUCUUCACGAUAAAUACAAUUCGUAUGCCUCCACUACAAGCGAAUUGACUAAAAAUUCUGUUUCUUCCAACCAACGACAAUCUCCGUCGACUUAUAGCAAUCCAUACCUAACACCAACUAGAUUUGAAAAAUAUCAAUCAUUUCGAGUACCAAACGAUUAA